CUCAAAAAUUUCAUAAUCGAAUGUUUUUGAAAAAAAGCUUCCGUAAUGUGUAAAAAUAUACAAAAAAGAUAACAAAAAUACAAUUUUCUUUUUUUCUACCAAUCAAUAUUACGCCUUAAUCUGAAAAUGAUAUUAAAAUGAACAAUCUUCUGUUUCAUUAUUCGAACAUUUUUUAUAUUUCACUUUUGCAAUUUUUUCGAGACAUUCAUAUCCGGUAAAAUUAAAGAAACGUCUUCAAUUAUUCCAUUCAAUUCGUUUAUACAGGCAUCCAAUCUUCUUUUUACAUUCAUUGCAUCAAAUUUUACGUUCUUGUAUAAAUUAAUCUUUUGCAUUUUGUUAUGGAAGUCGGAAAUUAGGUAGUUCCCACGAAUUUCUGCACCACCACUCAUUCGACUUGUCAUCGAGUGUUUGAAUGAUUCACGUUCACCUUUCGCACCUUCUGGUAGAUCCGCUUUAUAUUCGGUCAAUUCGUUUUCUAUCAUUUUGAUUUCUUGCGAUGUUUCCUUUUUAGGUUCAUUUUUAAUUAAUUUGCUCAUCUGACUGCCCUUUCCUCGAACUGCAUUGUCUUCGCCAUGUGCGUAAGUGCCUAAUUGGAAAAUUUGAUCAUUUUUCUGUUUUUUCAUAUUUUUCAAUUUCGGCCUUUCUACAUCAGCAUCAGAAAUUGUGUGAAUAUUACUCUUGGAUGAAAAUUUCAUUUUCUUAUUCAAUCUCAGAUUAUGUACCUCGGUAUGCGAUUCUGUUAUGAAACAAUUUAAAAAGUUUCGUUUCCUUUUACAUUCCAUUCUUAAGUCACACUGAACUCCGUGAGAAAUUUUCUUCUUUCUUCUCUUCCGUACAACAGGCUUACAAUCUGUUACUUGCAAUUUUUCGUUCGUACAAACAUUAUUUAAGUCUUUUACGCGGUUAGACGUUCUAUCAUCGAUUUUCGUAUAUUCUGUCAUAUAAUCAUUUAUCGAAUUAUUUUUAAUGAGACUUGCAAAAACCUUUGAAUUUUCUGAAUCAAUAACUUUAUCAUAUCCUACAUUAUUUGAGGAAAUGUCAAAUUCACUUCUGCAACAUGAAGAAUGUCUGCAAGCAGUUCCAAUUUUCUGAAACAACUUUUCUUCUUUAUCAAGACUGACAUUUUUAAGAGCACUGACCUCGUCUCGCAAUUUUUGUACUUUAAGAUUUACAACAGUUACAAUUUCUGCAAUCUUAUUUAGACUAUUUUCUCCAUCUCGAGCCUUGCAAUAACAACGAUUUGGCGUUGCUUGUUCUGCGUUCGCUGACAUGUUUAUUGCUAUUUUUAUAUGACGACAUAUUAUACGUUCGAAAUAAAACGUCCAAAAUUAUAAAGUCUAUUUUGUAACAUGAAAAAGUAAUUUUUCUUCUGUGUUACAUUGGAUGUUUGUUAUAUUUUUAUAUGAAAAUAGGUUACAGGUCUCUUAUGACAUUAUCAUGAAGUAAAUUGAGAUUCGCACGUAGCUCAUUUGUUCCUGUAUUUAAUUAAAAAAUGCAAUAAAUACAUAUCUUUUUGGAAAUUUCAAACAUGCUACAUGUUUUAUGAGGCGUAAUAUGUCCGAAAAGUAUGUGAAGGAAAUUUUAGAAAAACUGGAAGAAAUUGAGAAACUGCACGGAAAGUUGCGUCGUUUGGUACCUCGCGUAAAGACCUAUGAAUCGGAAGGCACAAAGAGUAAUCAGUUCAUUAUGGAAAAAACGAACGAUAAUACAAGAUAUUUUCUGGAACAAAAUCCUAUCGAUCUCUGCCAGAGAUUAGAAAUUGUAAGAGAAAUGUCCAAGGACUUGACAACCAAAGUAAAAAAAUUAUGCGAACCCAAUACAAAGACCAAGAAAUAUUUCAAAAAGUUUAAACAUUAUUCUAACAACAAAUGGAAAAGUUUCAAAGACUAUUUGUCGACCAUGAAUGCAUCAGACAUUAUCUUCGGAAGAACCUCUUCAAUUCCUAUUCCAAGAGUAAGCCAGAUUUUUGGAAAAAGAAGAUCCACGCUGAGAGAUCUACCAGAACAGUUAUUAGCGAGUUUUGGUUAUUCACGGGAUUCUAACUCUGUAAAUGAGAGUAUAGUGUUAAUACACGACCAUGCUUUAGGUAAAGAUGAACCACAUAAGGUGCAGAAAUUGUCGAUCAUUCCAGACCAGGAAACUGAAACAUUGAGGGUCGUUGCAUCCGCAAGAAGAAUCUCGGUAGGAGGUAGCAAUAAACGGUCUUCGUAAAUCACCAUGAGAAUACAUACGAACAUUCAAUUUGAACAACGAGCAUUUCUCUGAUCAUAUCUAGGACAUUGACGUGAUCAUUUUUUACAAACAAUAUCUAUAACUUCCCUCGUAAUCAACACUUG